AUGAAGAAUUUCAAAUCGAAGAGAGAUUCACCAUACUUUGAUUAUCACCCCCUGCAAGAUAGCUGGAUACGUCUUGUCUCCAUCGAAAAAGCCAUAGAUGUAAGCGACAUUCAUGAAGAGCUCAAGAUAAACUUAAUCUCUUCACCACUCAGCACAGAUCCUCCUUACACUGCGCUUUCAUACACCUGUGGAGACCCGAGCCCAAACACCGAUCCUUGCACGAACAUCUCUACCAAAGUCUUUCGUUGCUACCCAGUUCUCUGUCGAGAUCGGAUUAUCCUUGCCUCGCGCGAUCUCCGGGACGCACUGCGGCGGAUACGACAAUUCCAGUCAUGGCGCACACAUGGAGAAGAAAUGUUUGAUAGCUACAAAGAACCGAAUUCAAAGACACUCUUAGAAAGAGCCUAUGGAGCGACUGCCUAUUUCUGGAUUGAUGCACAAAGCAUCAGUCAGGAAGAUCUGCGUGAACGCUCUCAACAAGUCUCCUUGAUGGGUAAGAUCUGUACGCAAGCGAGCCACACCAUUGUGUGGCUAGGAGAGUCAUAUGAAUAUAUAGCAGGCGCCCAGCCGUAUCUUGGCAAAGUGGCCCAAAAUGCAGGAGUUGAGGUGUCAACAUCAACCGAUCACGUACCUUCACCCAACCAAGGAUACAAGGGACUGAAAGACCUGGACACAGAAGAGCAGGUUGCCUUUCUAGCGAUCAUGUCCCGGAACUGUUUCUUCAGAAUGUGGGUGCUACAAGAACGUGUCCUGUCACCUCGCAUUGGAGUGCUAUUGGGUGACCUAUGCUUCAACUAUCAACUGCUCCUGCACGCCGCAAACGUCGAGUGUGUAAAUGGUCGAGACUACAGCUUCGCUAAAUCAGCAUUUGCUGCAGCAAAAAGGUUCCCGGAUUUCGCAUCGACUGCUGUAACAGAGAGGGUUUUCAACUCGAUACAGAAACCUGUACUGGCCACUGCCAGGAGAAGGUUGCGAGCGGUAAGCCGCCGGACUUUCUUUCUGUCAUUACUGCAAGCCACUCGCUAA